GUGAGCGCUUGCUCGGGAAUCGGGAUCAUAAGUCACGGGAUUUCUAUCCUUGGGCGCCCAAAAUUUCUGGCAUCCAUCCUCAUAUGCACAUCUCAAGGGAUGCCACCAGCAAUCACAUAUGACCCCAGGAAACACGUUGGGGUUCACGCAGAACGUGUUUCCCAUGUGUCCAGCACGGACUUUCCUGGACACUACCCUCAUGAGGACCACUCAUGGGACCUUGAAAGAUUCGCGAAGGGACUGACCGUCAAGAUAGAAAGAUUAUCGAACCGUUCCAUUGAAUUUGACCUAGUAGGUGUAGAUGCAUCAAUCGCGAAUGCUUACAGGAGAAUACUGAUCGCCGAGGUUCCAACAAUCUGUGUUGAAAGAGUUUACGUUUGGGACAACACUUCGGUUGUCGUUGAUGAAGUGUUUUCUCAGCGAAUAGGCCUCGUGCCUCUAAAUGUCGAUCCGGCCCUCAUGGAUAUGAAACAAACCCAAAAUGACCAGGCUACUGACCGCAAUACACUCGUGUUUCGGUUACAAGUUGCCUGCGAGCGUCGGAAGAAUGCGCCAAAAGAUAGCACAGACCCAAACAAGCUGUAUAUCAACCACGAGGUCCUGUCCUCACAUUUGAAAUGGGUCCCGCAAGGAGAGCAAGAGAUUGUCAUGGCAGAAAAUCCCCCUGCAUCUACGAAUCCAAACAUUGUGCUGACAAAACUACGACCUGGGCAAGAAGUUGACAUGGAGCUACAUGCCGUCAAGGGAGUAGGGAAAGAUCAUGCAAAGUUUUGUCCAGUUGCGACGGCGUCAUAUCGUCUACUACCAUUGGUGAUUCUGAACCCGGAAAAACCCGUACCCCGAGCGCUUGCAGAGAAAUUUCAAAAAUGCUUCUCGCCGGGUGUCAUUCGAGUUGACCCUCGAACGAAAGCUGUUAGCGUGGACAACAAGAAAACGCGGAAGGAGACGAUGAGCAGAGAAGUGUACAGACACCCAGAGUUUGAAGGAUGCGUUCAACUUGCGCGCGUGCGAGAUCAUUUCUUGUUUAACAUAGAGUCUGAAGGGUUUUAUCCUCCGCAACGUCUACUUCCGGAAGCGAUUGCUGUCAUGCGAGCCAAGAUUGCUACUAUCAAGCUUGCCGCAGAAAUGCUACUAAAUAAUGGCGACGGCCUUGGGGACGUUGAGAUGGCAGAUACGUAACUGUGUAUGUUACCCUCAUGUAUUCGGCCACGUACUAUUUCCACAUUUUUAUUUUUCUAGCUGUGUGAUUAUGCAAGUGCUCUUCAUUGGACAGCGGAAACUGUUAUACAGGAGAUGUGUACU